AGUGCUUCGAGGCAGAGUGCACUGAGUGAGUUGUAGUGGAUCGAGCUUUCGAACGAGGAAUCUCCGGAUCAACGAGUGACGGCAAGUAAUGAAGGCACUUCGUUGCAUACUCUCAGGGCUGGUGAUUAUGCUGAUGUCCGUUUUGCACUGCAGCGGCCAAAGCUCGGAAGAGCACGCGCUGGCCAACGGCGAGAUGGGCUACGCGGAACUGGACCGGGGCAAACCGCCGCUAGGAGACCUGAACGGACUGCUCGAAUCACUGGCGCGGUCCGGCAAUGGCGAAAGUAUGGACGCACUUGCCGACACUGACGAUCCGCACGGAUCCCUGGCGGUCCCGGUCGACUACGACACGGCCGACGGUAUCGCGGCCCGGCUCGGCUACGCUCGUCACACCGGCGAUAACAAACGCAGCUGGAACAAGAUGAAUGCGGCCUGGCGAAAGCGUGUCACCAACGGCGCCCGGAAUGCCGGCUGGACCAGGUUUGGUGGUGCCUGGGGGAAGCGAGAACCGGGCUGGAACAACCUGAAGGGCCUCUGGGGCAAGCGUGCAGGCAACAAAUGGGACAAGCUUUCGUCCGCCUGGGGCAAGCGGCAGCAGCCGAGUGGAGGCUACCAGUAGGUCGCCAGUAGCGUAUAUUGCAACUACACAUCCAUUUAUCCGUAAAUAGUUGAUGGCUAGCCGUAGAUCCAAAGCUAGCACAACGGCAACAGUUGCACCAUGAUGUUGCAAUAAGCACACCCAGCUAGAGGAAGCGGUGAUCAUGCGAAUACCGACAAGACAUACACCAGUUCUGAGGGCAAAAGGAAGAAAGGGAGGACUGUGAGCAGUGCGGAGCUAAGCGUUCAAUUUUUGAUCUCGUUACCGUUUUUAUUACUAUCCUGUGUUUCUGCAGGUGCCACAACAUUAUAAGAUAGAGCGACCCACAGUACAGCGGAAAGGGCUGAAAAGGAUGAAGUUGAAAGUAUAACAAUAAUUGAAAAAUAAAAUAAUCCCUAAAGCUCAGUACGAUUGAAAGUCAGUGUAAACGGUGUCCCGCGUGUUUGUAAAUGUAUACAUUUGAAGCUAAGAUACGACAUCAAUAAACAAAAGAGAUAAAACAA